UUUUUACCCCCCGAGUCCCGAUUAAUAACCGAUGCACCUCUCAGGCUCUCUUCCGUAGUCACAGGCUCACAGCUACAAGAGGCUGGCCGAGACUUCUCCUCCGAAGUCAGAAGUGUACCCCAAAUGGCGGCAACUCCGUUAAGCUCGUCUUCUUCAUGCACAAGCACAAACCCUGGCUUCGAUUGUGUUUCCAAAACCCUAAAAGACUCGUUUCUCACCAAGAAACCUUCAAUCAUUCGAUUGCCGAAGGAGAAAAGCCAGAUUAGUUGCGAGCUUAGAGGUUUCGGAGACCAUCGGAGAUGGAACACAGAUUACGGGUCUCAAAUCGAUCAUCUUAACAUCAUUCAGAGCUCUUCUGCUCUUCCAAUGGCCGCGAAUGCUGCACUAGAUUCGCUUCCAAAGAAUUCGAAGAAGGUCUGCCUUUUCUACUGCGCAGAGACAAAGGCUCUCGCCGAGAGAGUUGCUGCGGAAUCAGACGCGAUUGAGCUCCGAAGCAUCACGUGGAGGACAUUUGAAGAUGGAUUCCCCAACUUAUUCAUUACAAAUGCUCAUGGCAUACGUGGCCAGCAUGUAGCCUUUUUGGCAUCAUUCAGUUCCCCAGGGGUAAUUUUUGAGCAACUCUCUGUUAUAUAUGCAUUGCCGAAGCUCUUUGUCUCAUCAUUUACACUUGUCCUCCCCUUUUUUCCCACUGGUACUUCUGAGCGUAUGGAGGAGGAAGGAGAUGUUGCAACAGCAUUCACUCUUGCAAGGAUCUUGUCAAAUAUACCAAUUUCAAGGGGUGGACCCACUAGUCUAGUGAUUUUUGACAUUCAUGCCUUGCAGGAAAGAUUCUACUUUGGUGAUAAUAUCUUACCAUACUUUGAGAGUGGAGUACCUUUGCUUAAGAAUAGGCUCCAACAGCUCCCUGAUUCUGACAAUAUAUCCAUUGCUUUUCCUGAUGAUGGUGCAUGGAAGCGCUUCCAUAGGCAGUUGCAGCAUUUCCCAACGAUUGUCUGCAAUAAAGUUCGUGAAGACGACCAACGAAUUGUACGCCUUAAAGAGGGAGAUCCCAGAGGCCGUCAUGUUGUAAUUGUUGAUGAUCUGGUCCAAUCUGGUGGUACUCUGAUUGAAUGUCAGAAAAUGCUGGCUGCACAUGGAGCAUCCAAAAUCAGUGCAUAUGUGACACAUGGAAUUUUCCCUAAUAGGUCCUGGGAACGGUUCCAACACGAUAGUGGAGGGUCCCCAGAUAAUGGACUGGCCUACUUUUGGAUCACAGACUCCUGCCCUUUGACAGUGAAGGAAGUUAAAAACAGACGCCCCUUUGAAGUGCUUAGUCUUGCUGGCUCCAUAGCAGCCGCCCUUAAGAUAUAACAUAGUCUAUGUUCGGAGAAGUUCUAUUUAUCUACCUACUCUUUUUUUCCCCUUCGAUUUGCAAGUUUUGAUGGCAUUUGGAGAGUCUCAGAAUUUUGGACUAGUUGCGGCUUAAAUGCAUUUGUAUCAUUGCCUAUAUCGACAGAAAAUAAUAUCAAUCCUUGUUCCAACUUCAA